CGCACGCACGCACGGCGGCCGGGCGCUCCGUGAGGUCAUCGCGCGGCGCGGCCCCGGCGGACCCCUGUGAGGGGGCUCGGCGGCGGCAUGGCGGAGGUGCCGCGGGCCGGGGCCAGCGUGGCCGUGCUGGUGGAGCAGGCGGUGAACGACACUCUGGUGGUGACCCUGAGCCUGGGAGAGCGCCGCUUCACCGGCGUCCUCAUCGACUGCACCAAGAAGUCCGGCUUGUUCUGCCUCCCGUCCUCCUUCCCCAAGCCUGAGGAGCCUCCUGCAGACGCCUGCACUAACGGGGUGGCUGCUGGAACUGCUGUGCCAGCGGUGCCGGUGCCGGAGCCGGUGCCCGCGGCAGAGAAGCCCCCCCCAGGAGCCAGUGAUGAGCAAGUGCCGCCACUGCUGCCCCCCCCCAGCCUCCCCCCGUACCCCCCGUACUUCGAGGGCGCCCCGUUCCCGCGGCCGCUGUGGCUGCGGCACACGUACCACCAGUGGGUCCCGCAGCCGCCGCCGCGCACCAUCAAGAGGACGAGGCGGCGGCUGUCGCGGAACAGGGACCCAGGCAGGCUCAUCAUGAGCACCAUCCGGCUGCGGCCGCGGCAGGUGCUGUGCGAGAAGUGCAAGAACACCCUGAACCCGGAGGACGCCGGCGCCAGCAGGCAGAGCGUCAAACCCAGGAGGAAGCUGAGCAUCCAGGACAAGGAGCAGAAGAAGCACAGCGAUGCUGACUGCAUGGAGAGAAGGAACAAGAGGGAGAAGAGAGAGGAGGACAAGUUCUCUGGGGAGCUCGUGCACCGAACACCCGUCAUCAAGAUAUCCUACAGCACUCCACAGGGGAAGGGUGAGGUUGUCAAAAUCCCCUCCCGGGUGCACGGCUCGGUGAAACCCUUCUGUGCAGAGCGGACGGUGCAGAACGGAGGGGAGGACCAAGAGGAGAGCAGGGACUCUGAACGGUGUCGAGAAACCAAAUGUUUCCUGGACAAGUCAGCAGGCAGCCAGCUUGCUUCCAUUCCAAAGCUGAAGCUCACCCGGCCAGUGCAUUCCAGUGCGGAUGUCCCACCCCCAAAGAUCCGGCUCAAGCCCCAUCGCAUCAAUGACGGUCAGAGUGUUUCAAUCUACAAGGCAGAACUUAUUGAUGAAAUCAAUGUCCUUCAGAACAGCAGGGAGUCCAACCCCAGCGCCUUCUACAAUGACGAGGCCACAGACAGAAGUUUAGCUGAGGUGUCUUCAGGGAGUUCAGGUGAAGAUGAGGACUUUAAAAGGUUUCCCCAGGGUAAAGAUGGACACGAUAACUUGGCUUUCCUAAUGAAUUAUCGUAAAAGAAAAGCAGACUCUUCUAGCUUGUCAGUGUGUAGUAAUGACAGUCUGGAUGAGUCCAAGUCUUCCAGCUCAGAGGUAACAUCUCCAGAGAUGUGUGACUUUCUGCCGGGGGAUGAUGCAUCUGUAUCCUCAUCUUCCAAAGAUGAGCGUAAAAUGGUGCCGCCGCUGACGGUGCGGCUGCACACCCAGAGCGUGUCCAGGUGCGUCACAGAGGACGGGAGAACUGUUUCAGUGGGGGACAUAGUUUGGGGUAAGAUCCAUGGGUUUCCGUGGUGGCCAGCGCGUGUUCUUGACAUAAACCUCAGCCAGAAGGAGAACGGGGAGCCCUCGUGGCGAGAAGCUAAAGUGUCCUGGUUUGGUUCUCCAACGACUUCGUUCUUGUCUGUCUCAAAACUCUCUCCUUUCUCGGAGUUUUUCAAACUGAGGUUUAACCGCAAGAAGAAAGGGAUGUAUCGGAAAGCUAUCACAGAGGCUGCCAAGGCCGUGGAGCAUCUGACUCCAGAAAUCAGAGAUCUCUUAACGCAGUUUGAGACAUAACUUUGCCUCCAGUAUCAGGGUCUCAGCUGCAGUAAAGGAGCCACUGCAAUGCCUGGAGGAACUGUGCAAUGCCCCGCAGCAGGAGCCACGUCUCUGUCCUGCCAGAGCAUCCCAGCAGCAUCCCAGCAGUGCCUCGGCAUGGAGGAGAACAUCACCACAAGCAUCCCUUGGGUUGUUGUGCUGCUGGAACCAGAGAUCCACAUCACCUUCAGAGAUGGACAAACCAAAGGAGCUCCAGAGGUCGCCUGGAUAAUUCAGGGAUGAAGUCUCAAAGUCUGCAGGUAGAACUGAGAGCCAAGGGCUCCAAGAGGUGAUUCUGCCACUGAAACCUGUUGGUGACUGACUGAAGUCUGCCCCAAAAUGUAAAGAUGACAAAUUGUUCCCAAAGUCAGAACUUUAAUGACUUCAGAUAAGCUCUCAGCACCCUGCUUGCUGCCGGCUUUGUGCCGUGGCUUCCACUUACUCAUCCAUUAGGGAAGUUUACCCCACAAGCAUGUGGGCUUGAGACUUCAUUUUGAAAACACUGAAUAAAAAGACACAUAUUGGA